CCAAGGUCAGGCUCUCCUUUCUAAACAUGUCACUUCCUUCUGACUGCAUUCACUGCGACAGCACCUUGCACUGAGAAGGAAACAGAGUCAACAGCAUUUGAUCAACAUCUUUCUCCACCAAAGCAGGGUUUUAGAUCCUGUUGGCAGCAGCAGUGAAGAUGGCUGCCCUGUGCUGGAUGGCUGUAACGCUGGGCUUGUUGUUUUCUGCUGGAAACAGUUUGGCUGAUGUGGACCAGAACCAACUUGCACGAAUUGUUAAUGAGGUCUUGAACAGGUAUAGACCAAGCUACGAGGGCAACAAGGGUCACAGAAGAUUCCCCAUGUUCAGUCUGGCUGUAACCAUCCCAUACAACAGUGACAAGAGAAUGUAUGACAUCAGUAAAGUCAUUGACUCAGCUGACCAAGUGAAGAAUACGAUUCUAAGAUGUGAAGUGUACACCGGCACGAGGGUGGUGGCAGCCACAGUUCUGAGAUGGCCCAAUGUUCUGGAUCAGUGUCCUGAUGAACGUGUGCAAUGGCCUCAUGUUCUAAGACAAUGUCGUCAAAGGUCUAUGACAUGGGCUAAUGUUAAAGAACAGUGCCCUGAUGCAGUUUACGAUGGUAAAGCUGAUCAUGCAGAGUACCGUACUCUGCAGCACUUUAACACCUUGACAAAAAAUUGUAUCAAAACUGAUCUGUUACUUUUCUACGUUCUCUCUUCCCCAUGUGAUAAAAGAUGUACAAGCGAAUCAAGUCCCGGGAGCAUUCUUGAUAGCAUAAAUCAGAUUCUGAAUUGGAGUAACCAUGCUGUUGUGUUUUCCAAUGUAUUCAUGCCCAGAAAUUGUGUACACAUACCUGAGGAUAACCUGAGGGGAGCCCUUGAGCGGCUUGGGACACAUAAGGGUUCCCUAGGAUCAAUUGGUCUAAGCAACAUAUUCCGUUGCGACGUGGACGACGUGGACGACGUGGACGACGUGGACGACGUGGACGACGUAGACGGACGAUCAACAACUUGCCAUCCACUUCAUUCAUACAGCCUCAACGUGGCAAAAGUGAUUCCACACAGGUACAGAGACAAAAAAAACAACAUUAAUACAAGGGCAGGAGAUUUCACUAAUGUUGACAGUAAUACAGAAGGGGUGGUGGGUCAGGGUGGCAGUGGAAGAAGAGGAGGGGAAAAAGCAGAAGUGGGGGUAAACACAGAAGAGCUAGCAGGAGCAGAGGAGGAGGGAGGUGCGGAGGACAGCGCAGGAUGA